AUGCCAUUCAUGACGGAUCCCGAGUCGCCGGACAACGCAGCGGCAUCUCUGGAUCUGCUCACAGUCACUAGCACAGAGCUUCAAAAGCUUCUUUCUGAUCGCUCUGUUACAUCUGUGGAUCUAGUAGACGCAUACCUGAAUCAAAUCCAGGAACAAAACCACCAUGGGCUGGAAUUGAACGCCAUGAUUUCUGUGACGCCGAGCAAAGUCAUAUUUCGGAUUGCCCGGGAGCUGGACAGAGAGAGGGAGCAGGGCAAGAUUCGAAGCCCGCUGCAUGGGAUUCCCAUCACAGUCAAGGACAACAUUAUGACCGGCCCCGAGCUACAGCUAGCAACCACUGUUGGCACAUAUGCCUUGCAAGAUGGCAUUGCUAAACGAAACGCGCCGAUUGUUGACACACUGGUCGAAGCCGGCGCUAUUAUUCUUGGAAAGGCAAACCUCUCAGAAAUGACAGGAUGGAAAGGCUGCGGAGUAACUACAGGAUGGUCAGCUGUCGGCGGUCAGACCCAGAGCCCAUACAUUGUCGGGGGUCUCAAGGACGGUGACAGGCUCCUCGGACACAGUGCUCCUGCUGGCUCGUCCUCUGGUAGCGCAGCUGGAGUGGCCGCAGGAUUCGCGCCGCUCGCGCUGGCCACCGAGACCGAUGGCUCCAUCGUGCAGCCAGCGAACCGGGCAGCUCUGUAUGGCCUCAAAGCCACUGUGGGUCGGAUAGGUACAGAUGGAACGGCGCCAUGGAGCUCGCUUACCGACAGCAUCGGUGGCAUGGCCAAGUCGCCACAAGAUCUUGAAGCGCUCUUCGACGUUCUUACUGAUGCAGACAGAUGUGCCGCGAAAGAAGCCAGAGGUGACGGGGACGGCGAUGGCCUGCCUGAGUCUUGGACGGGACUGCGUGUAGGUUUUGUCGACCCGACCUUGUGGUCAUUCUCGCCGGCCAUCUGUGAUCCCGACCCUAUACUUAUCCAACAGCAAAGAGAAGAGAUGGAAGCCGCGAUCUCUAAGAUCGAAAAGUGCGGUGCGGCGGUUGUGCGAUCAGUUCCGUUCCCAUCCAUGGACCAACUGGUGCUCGAUGGCGAUGAUGCUCUAGAGCAGCUGUGGAACUAUGACUUCAGCGAUGAGUGGGAGAUCUUCCUGAGAGGCUAUCAGAACAGCGAAAUCAAGUCUCUGCGAGACAUAGUCGAGUUCAAUAAGAAAAACGCAGACAAGGAGCUGCCACCACGAUACCCUGGCCAGCAACUUCUCGAAGAUGCUAUUGAUGAAAGCAAACGCAUCUCCGCCGACAAGUACCGGGAGGGUGUCUGUAUCAUACGGAAAUUCGCACGCACCCAAGGCAUUGAUAAGACACUGGCUGCGCAUGAUCUGGAUGUCAUCCUGGGCCCAAUGGACGGCAGAAUACCAACCAUCGCGGCUGCGGCAGGGUAUCCAGUGGGGACAAUGCCUCUGGGCUACUCCAAGACGAACGGCCGUCCUUUUGGGAUGUGUAUUGUUGCCGCCGCGGACAAUGAAGACAAGAUCUUACGAGCCAUGAAAGCCUGGGAUGCUACUAUUGCCAAGAGGAAAGCACCUCCUCAACUGCACAGCAAGCAAGUCGCGGUGCAAGCAGCUCCACAAGAAGACGCUUUGCUUAAUUCCAGGCACGGGGACAAUCACUCGAGAUUUGCCUCUUCAAAGCAGAUCAUGUGGAAGAUGACUGCGGUACAACUCACUCCAAGACUUCUGUUCCGGCCACACUGGGGGUGGGAAGAUAUGGUUGGCGAAAGGCAGGAGAGGUUUCCACCCAGGACGGCCCUUGGUAUGAAUUCCGUCGGAGAAAGAACCAAAUUCUGA